UCCAAAUCCAUAGCAACAAGAAAUGCACUUAGAAAACCGCCGGCCACCUUUCCUUCUCACUUUCCAAAUAUUCGUACCACUCGGAGAAAUAUUCUCAGAUUAUCUAAAUUAAAAAUUGCUCUCUCUUAAUAUAAAUUAAGUCAAAUGUUGAAUCAUUUGAUUCAGAAACAGCAAAAUCCCGUGAGAAUAUAAUCCACCAGUGUUUGUUGAAAAGCGAUGAAAUUCGGGAAGGAGUUCAGGACCCACCUGGAAGAGACACUCCCGGAGUGGAGGGACAAGUUCCUUUGCUACAAGCUAUUGAAGAAGCUCCUCAAGGGCUUGCCCGCCACCGCGGCCACUAUCGCCGCGGUGGAUUCCCUCCCUCGCCACCUCGAGUUUCAGCUGGCAUAUGCGUAUCCGGCUGCUGGUGAUGGAGGUGGCGGUGGCGGGUUCCAUCCUUUAGCGGGACUCCAAUAUUGGUUCGUUGCGAUUUUGAAUGAGGAGCUGUAUAAGUUAAACGAUUUCUAUAUGGAUAAGGAGGAGGAUUUCGUUAUCGAUUCCAGGCUACAAGAGCUGAAGGGAAGAAUCGAGAUCGUCAGGGAAAGGAGCAGCAGGGGUGGAGUUUUUACAUCAGAGACCGAGUUCAGCAAAGAAGUGAUGGACAUCCGUAAGGACUUUGUCACCAUUCACGGGGAGAUGGUGCUUCUCAAAAGUUAUAGCUCGUUGAAUUUUACGGGUCUUGUCAAAAUUCUAAAGAAGUACGAUAAACGAACUGGAGGAGUAUUGCGUUUAUGUUUCACGCAACUAGCUCACCAGCCUUUCUUUACAACAGAACUUCUGACGAGGCUAGUCAGUGAAUGCGAGGCAAAUCUCGAGCUUCUCUUCCCAUUGGAAGCAGAAGUCAUUGAAGGUACACCAACCACACCAGAUGAAACCACCCCAGACAGAAGUCAUUCAAACCUACAAUCGAAUCAUUCGGCAAAUAUUGCAUCUGAGACACCUUCAAACAUGGAGGCAAACAUGGAUAUAUAUCGUGGAACCGUUGCUGCAAUGAAGGCCAUUCAAGGCCUUCAAAAACCAAGCUCCACUUCCGGUCCAUGGUCGCUUUCAAAUCACUUUAGAAGCCAGGACGAGGAGAGCACUGGUGCUGUCACUGAAAACUCUACUUCAAACUCUGUAGCGAGCUGGCAAAGCGAAGAUGAGGAUGACCAGUUAUAGCAGCGCUUAUCCUGUCGGUUUCUGCAGUACGUCCUCCGUGCGUCGUUGCAGACAAUCCUUGUCCUUUCUAAAUAGCAUUUGCUUGAAAUUUAUAAUGUUGUACUAAAUUCUGCUCUUCUUUGUUAUCUUCCUUUUUGGUCGAUGAGUAGCGAUUUUGGCACACCUUAUUAUAUAUAAAAAGAAAAGA